UGGAGGGGAGGCUGCAGAGCGAGGGCAGGAGGUGGGUGCGGCGCGGCCGGGGACGCGGGCGCAGAGACAGCCGAACCACUUUCCAACACCCCAGCCUCCUGCCAUGUCUGACCCCAUCACACUGAAUGUCGGGGGGAAGCUCUACACAACCUCACUGGCAACCUUGACCAGCUUCCCUGACUCCAUGCUGGGUGCCAUGUUCAGUGGGAAGAUGCCCACCAAGAGGGACAGCCAGGGCAACUGCUUCAUUGACCGCGAUGGCAAAGUGUUCCGCUACAUCCUCAACUUCCUGCGGACCUCCCACUUGGACCUGCCUGAGGACUUCCAAGAGAUGGGCCUGCUCCGAAGAGAGGCUGACUUCUACCAGGUGCAGCCCUUGAUUGAGGCACUGCAAGAGAAGGAGGUGGAGCUCUCCAAGGCCGAGAAGAAUGCCAUGCUCAACAUCACCCUGAACCAGCGUGUGCAGACAGUCCACUUCACUGUGCGGGAGGCACCUCAGAUCUAUAGCCUCUCCUCCUCCAGCAUGGAGGUCUUCAACGCCAACAUCUUCAGUACCUCUUGCCUCUUCCUUAAGCUCCUUGGCUCCAAGCUCUUCUACUGCUCCAAUGGCAAUCUCUCCUCCAUCACCAGCCACCUGCAGGACCCCAACCACCUGACUCUGGACUGGGUGGCCAAUGUGGAGGGCCUGCCAGAGGAGGAGUACACCAAGCAGAACCUCAAGAGGCUCUGGGUGGUGCCAGCCAACAAGCAAAUCAACAGCUUUCAGGUCUUCGUGGAAGAGGUGCUGAAAAUUGCUCUGAGUGAUGGCUUCUGCAUUGAUUCUUCUCACCCACAUGCUGUGGAUUUUAUGAACAAUAAGAUUAUUCGAUUAAUACGGUACAGGUAAAAGGACCCCAGCAACCCUGGUGGGGGGCUCCCAAGAAGCUCCACAUCAGCCAAGAUCUUGGAGAGUGUCUCACCAGUGGUGUGAGGCAGGGCGCUAUACUAAUCUGUAUUAAUCGCAUAGCAGGACUUGAUUAACCCCACAGUGCAGUCUACCUAUAGGAAUCCAUGUGUCCUCUCAACAGAGCCACCUUUUUUCCUUGCCACUUUGAGCUAGAGAUGGGCAGUUUGUCAUGACAAAUGAAGUAUCUGCCAAUGUGUCCUAAAGGCCACAGGAGGGCUUUCUGGCUACAGAGGAAUGGCUGGUUCUUCAUGGGUAUCAGCUCUCUCUGUAUCACUAGGCAGUGCCUCUCUCAGCCCUCUGUGAAAGGAGCCGCUCGUGGAAAGGAGGGGGUGAAAACAGGGAGCUCCCUUCAGUUCCCCAGGAUAAAGUCACCAGAUAGUCCCACUCCUCCUGCUCCUCUGUCCCUAGGAUGCAGCCGGGACCUUGGACUUGUUCACCCAGCAGCAGCCAUGUUUGGCUGGCUCAGAAAUGCAGAAGGAUUUCAGAGCUGCGUUCUUGACCAACCCACACUGUGGCAGGGACAGAUUUGAACUGUGGCAUGGCCCAGACGAGGGAACGUCCAGCCAGGGUUCAGAAAAUGGGGAUAUCCCUCUUGACUGAGUCAAAUGUAGUAGACAUUUGGGGAUUUCUCACUUCAGAGAUGAGUUGUUGUCCCUACAAAGAUUUUAAAGUAUCUGGAGCCAGUGCAAUGAAAGGCAUUUCAUGAUGUGGACUGUUACAUGAUUUUUGUAAUCCUUUUCCCAAGAAUUUGAAGUAUCAUUGAAACAGGUCAUUUUAAACAAAUAAUAUUAUGGACUCUCAGGGUUGGAAAAGAAUCCAGUGGUCACUUAGUCCUCCCCAGCUCCCAGCACACCCCAACCCAUGUGGGGCUGAGUGCCUCUCCCCAGGACCUUCAAAGUGAUCAUAUAUCCCUGCUUGCAUACCUCCGGCAAAGGGAAGCUCAUCAUGCCCAAGGCAGUCCCUGCCAUGACUGGCCAGGGCUGGCUGUUAAAAAGCUCUUCCUUCCAUCGAACCAAAAUCUGUCUUUCCACUCCCAUUUUCUAGUCUUGGUUCUAGACCUGCCUUCUCACCCACACGUAUACUUUCUCUUUCAAAAUAGUCACCUUAAGAAGCCAGACACUUAAUCCUGAACAUAUUACUACUUUGGAAUUAGGUUCCCCACUAGCAUUUGUCUUCGGAACCAAGGUCAGCCCAUCCUCCACCCACACACCCCCUACACCCACCAUCCAUUGUAAGUCCCAUUUUGUGAUGGCUUUGCUUUUUGACCACAAUUUCACCCAUCUUCUCACCAGCCAUGGCUCCGCAUAGCUUUUGACCACUUCAUGUUGGAGAAUGAAGAUUUGUCCUCCCAAGAAAGUGUUGCCAGAGGAAGGAGCCCAGGGGCUCCUAGGACAGGGUGCAGCAAGGAGUGGGCUGGACACUCUUAGAGUAUCCUGUCCUACGACACUGCUCUGAAAGACACAGCCUUCCACUGUGGCACUGUUUCCUCCUUGAGGGAAGGUCUAGGGCAAGACAUCCCAAGCCACCACUUCCCAGGAGGUGAUGAACUGUGCAGGCCUCAGAUCUGCACAUUAUGAUUCAUCCCUGGAGCAUGGCCUUGGAAGUCCCACAAUUUUCCCCAUUGGGCAGAGACCCUCAGACAAAACCAGGGAAGCCUAGUGACAUAGUCACCCACAGGAGAUGGGAUGAAGAAGGGGUGUCUUGUAGUUACAGCCUGGGGAUAGGGAGCCGGUAUGCUAGGCCGUGGGCAAAGGCUGCAUCUGUUAGGUAAUAAAGGCCUCUUCCUCCUACAAGGGGACCCAGGAGUCUCUGACAGCUGUCCCAGGCCACCAGGCCAAUGGUACUCAAGAAAGUCACUCAGGGGAAUCCAGAUUAGAACAGGUUAGAACAGGUCGCAGAAGCUGUGACCACAACAGUUGAUGGAAGAAGUCUUGUAAAUCACUGCUACCUGUUUCUCCUCCAUAAAAAGUCUUUUUCUCAUCUUUUCGGUGCUUCUUAAUUCACACAGCUUGAUGUCAGAGAAAGUAAAGGACCUGUGAAAUCACUAAUGUGCUAUGUGACUUUGUGCAAGUCACUCACCUCACUGAGCCACCUCCAUUUCUGCAUCUGUGAAAUGGGCAUAACAAUAAUACAUAACCCUACCUACCUCACAGGGCUGUUGUGAGGAUCAAAUGAAAUAACGUAUAUGAGAAUCCAAUA